GACUGCACGAGGCACCUCAUUGUCAGUAUUGUUCGUUGACAGAGAAGGUUGUCCAUUUUCGCGGGUUUUUUCUGUGUUGGAACUUGGAUGGACCAUUUGCUUUGGAUAUUUGGGCAAUUUUGAGAAUCCGUGUAAACUCAUCUGUGAAACUUCAUGACUAACCGAGCUCUUAUGUAGACAAGGACGAUCCUGGGGCCUUCUGCAAGUGGAUUCCCAGGACAUUUUUGUCGAUUAACGUUGGAGUUUUUACUCAUUUUCUGUUGCCGACAACGAACUGAGGCCACCAACUUUCACCAAAAGUACUUGACGCACGUUUUCACGUCCUCUUCAUGCACAACCCUGGUACAAAUGGUAGUGACGAUACUCCCAUAUCGACGCAAAAAAUGGCGUAAUAAAGACUUCGCCUUAAUCACAUUUGACUAACUACCAUUUCUGUAUAAUUGUCGACACAAUACCUCUGUGCCGCUCCCCCCCACCGAGGAAAUGAAAAAACCUCCAACAACAACAAGAUGGCCAGUUCUCUAUAAGCAUUUAAAACACCUGUGGUAUCUGCUUCAAACUGAAACAAGGUUCAUCAGUUGUUCAGAAUAAGUCGACCACUGAACAGCGCACAACGACAGAACAAUGUUGCAUCUCACCAAGUAUCUGACGAUUCUUUUGGUGAUAUCAGAGUUUACGCCAUCUCUGACUGCAGAACCACUUCGUAAUCAUACUGUUUGCGAUAGUACGAAAUGCGUGUUACCAGACUGUUUAUGCAUGAGCACAAGCCCUCCAAUGGGAUUGAAUCCGAAGGAAAUUCCGCAAAUAGUAUUUCUCACGUUUGACGAUGCCUUGAAUUACUGGAUGUAUCCUACGUACCAAAAAAUACUCGGAAACAGAACCAAUCCCAACGGCUGUAACAUCGGCAUGACAUUUUUCGUAUCUCACGAAUCAGGAACUGGCAACACGACAAGUCAGAAUGGAACAGACUAUCGACUGGUUAACGAAUUUUUCAACCGAGGCCACGAAAUCGCAUCCCACAGUGUCACGCAUAAAGCAGAUUUUAUAUACUGGAAAAACACCUCCGUCGACUUCUGGGAAAGGGAGGCCGGUCGUCAGAGAAAAAUCAUCAACACUUAUGCCAAUAUUCCUUUUGAUAAAAUUCAGGGAUUCCGUGCUCCUUACCUCCAGACAGGUGGAGACGCGACGUUCAUCGCCCUGAACAAUUUGGGAAUGAAUUUCGACUCAUCGUUACCAUCAAUAAAAUUUAGUGAUCCUCCCAUUUGGCCGUAUACAUUGGAUCACGGCAUCACGCAGGAUUGUGUCAUUUCCCCUUGUAUCACAGGGAAAUUCCCUGGUUUAUGGGAAAUCCCGUUGCUUGUUUUCCAAAACGGCAAUAACGGUUCCAUUUGCAGCAUGCCCGAUUUUUUCUGCUUCCCACCGGACUCUAAUCUGACCACUGCACAAAUUUUUGACUACUUUAUGUUUAACUUCCAGCGCUUUAACAAGACUCGCGCACCUUUUGGCAUCUUUCAACAUGUUUAUUGGUUCCUUGACAGCCAGGCUGCUCUUGAGGGAUUUCUUAAAUUUCUAGACCAUUUGGCGACCCUUGACUAUGUAUACAUAGUCCCAGUCAGCAAGGGCAUAGAGUGGAUGAAAAAUCCUCAGACACUGGCGCAGAUGAAGGAAAAUUAUAUCUUUAGUUGUGAUCCUUCUUCCGUCGAUCCGGCACCAUGCUCAGCACCACAAGUUUGCCAUUACGUCGACAAGUCCAUUUCAGGAGGUAAACGAACCAUGGGCUCUUGCGUUCCUUGUCCAUUAAAAUAUCCUAUGCUGGACACUUCCGACGAGCCCAUCCCUCAAACUGAGACGACUCCGAUUGAAAAUUCGCCUUAUUUCGAUUGCAAGGAUAAACAGGACGGCAGCUACCAGAAUCCAGCCUCUAACUGUUCCAGAACCUUCUUCAUGUGCUCCAACGGAAAUGCUUCUCUUUUCACUUGUGCUCAUCCGGAAACCAUCUACCGACAAGAUAUCAAGGCUUGCGAUUGGGCGUAUAAAUUCUCCGGUUGUAAAUGAUUUUGAAAUUUUUAUUUUGUGUUUGAAUUAGUUUUUUGCACGGAGGAAUUUACAACAUCGUUGGUACUACAUUGUUUAAAGUUAUAAACAUAAUAAUGUAUUUAUUGUGCUGCA